AAGCAUCUGCCCCAGCUUGUCAGCUACAUCUGUGGGCGCCCACACACACACACACACACACCGUGUCCUGUUGGUCUUCUGUCCCUCUGCCUCCCGCCCCCGUCCUCCUCCUGUGUUCCCGCUCCCCUGCUCGCUCUCUUUCCGGUGUCCUCCUCCUCCUCCUCCUCCCCGUGGCCAUGCUGGAGCGCAUGUCCCGCCGCUCCCGCUCCCUGCUCUCCCUGACCCUCACCACUCUGGCUCUGACCCUCUCCAUCCUGGCGCUCUGCACCUCCUACUGGUGCGAGGGCACGCACAAGGUGGUGAAGCCCCUCUGCCUGUCGCCUGUCAAAAUGAAGAACUGUGGUCAGAACAACAGCGAGCCUUACACCACAGAGAGUCCCACCCAGAGCCCCUACAACCGCACACUGUCCCCGGCCAGGAGGGACGAGCUGGCCAAGAUCAGACAAAGGCAGCUGGCCAAUGCAGUUCACUACAUCUGGGAGACAGGGGAGGACAAGUUCGCCUUCAGAUACUUCCACACUGGCUUUUGGGAAAGCUGUGAGAAACAGAAUGAUGCGGGAGAGGUGUGUCGCAGCUUCAUAGACCUAACUCCAGGGGAGACACAAGGUGUGCUCUGGCUGUCGGUUAUUUCUGAGUUUACAUAUAUUGGCCUGCUGGGGAUGGGCUUCUUACUGAUGUGGCUUGAAGUCCUGUGCUCCCACAAAGAGAUGCAUGCACUGAAAAUAAAUGCCUACGCUGCUAUUUGUACCGUCCUAUCAGGUCUUCUUGGGAUGGUAGCACACAUGAUGUUCACUACAGUGUUCCAGAUGACAGUCAUUGUGGGUCCCAAAGACUGGAGGCCUCAGUCCUGGGACUAUGGCUGGUCAUUUGCCCUUGCCUGGGUGUCCUUCAGUUGCUGCAUGGGGGCGGCUGUGGUCACCCUCAACUCCUACACAAAGACCAUCAUCGAGCUACGGCGCAAGCAGAGAAUCCGCCUGGACGAGGCACGGGCCGCCACUCACGCCCCGUCCUACGAUGAGGUAGUCCCAGGGGGCGGACUCUAUUCCGUCAGUGGGCUCUUACACUGCCCGGACGGAAUGAUUGACGUGGCUUGGCCCCCAAACAACAGCAUGACUGGAGUGGGAAAUGGGGACGUACCGACUCUGGUUUUGGUGGGAGGCUGUGGCCCAGAAGGCUGUGAGGACUGUGAGAGGGAGAGGGAUGAGAUGGAAGAAGCCUUGGAACGAGUUGAUUCGCCUUGCUAG